AUGUUUCUAACUUCUACGCCGAAAAAAGCCGUCUUAUCCCAGACGAACUUGAUUAAGUGCUUGAUCUGCACUGAAGUUCUUGAAACAAGCGACAGAAUAGCGGUUUUUGGGCGCUCGCAGUGGGAUUUGCGAGGGACUCUUUGCAAGACUUUAGGCGGUGAAUUACAGUCUUCGAACGAGGACUUGCAAUACGUUUGCAAAAGAAAAUGUUACCCAAAGUUGAAAAAGAUCGAAAAGAUGAUGUCGAAUCUCAAAAGUCUCGAAGACGAGUUGAGGGCAGAAAUGUCUAAAAAUACCGUGGUUCGCAUAAAGCGGGGAUUGAGUCAAGAUCAAACUCAGGACUUACCUGUCGCGAGAACGCUGGAAGCAAAGCCAGUGAAGAAAGCUCUAUUUGCACCUUCAAAUCUACCUCAAAAUCAAACGAGAUUUCCGUCGCCACUAACGGCGGUUAAAAGUCUAACAGGGCCACCUCCCACAGUUUCGAUGGUUGGAUAUACAGCAGUAAGGCAUUCAAGUGUUCCCGUGGUAGUGCGAGCAUUUCCAGCUUGUGUAAACAUCGGGAGGAAUUUCUUCUUACCAGCAAGUCAACUUAGCACAUCCCAGCAGCUACUACCGGAUAAACGCGGUGCAGCAAAUAGGGAAACAGUGCCCAAAACUAACUUAGAUAAAGACCCUUGUGUGCAGGUGUGGAAAUUUCUCUUUUGGUUGUAGAAAUUACAGUAAUACUUUAAUUUGUAUUUUCAGUUUGGCACAGUACUUUCUCGUAAUAUAAAUUUCUAAUCUCAAAGUCAAACUUUUGUGACUUGAUUAUUUAUUAUUGCUUAUUAAUGGUAACCAAAGAACCUACUUGAUAUAGCUUGGAUAAACAAGUUUUUAUAUUGUUGAUCAUUAAAAUGGCUAAUUUCUGCCAGCAGUAGGUUCUAACAUGCGUGUUUUACUCCAUUCGAUAAUGGUUCAUUGCUUGAAAAGGAAUUUAUAAAAUCAUGGUUUGAACAUUUUUAUAUUUUGACAUAAAGUGGAUAUGAAAUGCUGCUCCUUAAGUAUUAUAUUUUAAGCUAAUUGUUUUUUGUCAAGUGUGAGUACAUAAUGAGUUUGUAAAACACAAAACAGUUUUGUACAGAGUGCUCAUGUUCAACAAAUACUUUUCAUAUCAAGGUCACCUUGAACUAUCCAGGAUGUGCAAGGGAAUUCAAGGCAACCUUGGGUGCAGAUCUUCAGACCCUUGGAAAAGCCUUAGCAAGACGAGGUACUUAUAAACAGAUUGCAGAUGCUGCAUUUCGUUGCUCUUCACUAAAAACCUUCCUAAUAAAGAAAACCUUACAAGCCCUGGGCAAAGAAUGCAAUGACCUAUGUUCCAGAAAAAAGCCAUCUAUGCUACGCAAGAGUGGACCAGAUGAAAUGGAGAACUUUUCUUUUCAAAAACUCUGUGAAGAAUGGAAACAGAGAGCACCCCUUUUUUACUCCUUUCUCACAACAUGUGCAACAGUCAAGGAGAAAGGUUGUGACUGGACACCUGCCAUGGCAGUAGCUGGGUCCACCCUUUUAAAGAAUCGCAAUAUGCACAUGAAUGCAACAGCAUCACUUAUCUCUCUCAUGGUCAGGCAAAGUGCAACACAGGUUUGAAAUUAAUGUAACUUUGGUUUGUUUUUUACAUCCAAUUCCAGACAAUCAGAGGCUAUCAUGGAUGUUAUAAGUAAAAAAUAAUCUUCCUAAUAGCCAAAGUAGCUUAUCAAGGCUGCAUCGCAGUUGUCAUGCCAUGCAGUGACCUGGAGAAUUGCCAUAGUUGCCUUAUUUCUAUGAUCUAUUAUUAACUAACAAACUAGUAGAAAAUUAUCCUGAUACCUCACAUGGUUUCAUUUAUCAGAGCCAAAUAUAUCUGUUAUUUACCAUUACAGAGUGGUUUAAAUGUUGUUCAAACCAAUUUGCUUUUGCCUUUUUUGUCUCAUUUUGAAAUAAAGGAAAUGAAAUCAAACUGGUUUGAAAAAAAAAUACAACCACAUGGAAAUAGAACAACGUCAUAAUAUGUAUAUACAGGUUUUAGUUUUAAAUAUGAAUUUUUUUGCAUUGUUUACAUCCUGUAGAAGUUGGUUCAGCGAUUAAACUCAAUGAAGCUCUCAGUAUCAAGUAAGACCUCUUUGAAAAAACUUGACUCCUAUGGCCAUAAGUUUGAUGAAAAACUUAAAGAACUGCAACACCUUCAAGCUAAAGUGAUUUCCAGUCCAGAGGAAUUUAAACAUGAACACACGGAUGGCACUUUCAAAAUUGUGCUUGACAAUAUUGAUCUCAGAAUCGCAACCCGUGACAUGACUUCUGAUCGACAAAACAAAGACAUUCAUUGGGUUAACCAUUCUGCUAUUAAAAACCGUGUUACACUUGGAAGCAGGAAGAGGGAGCAGCUAGAGUUAUCACAGCUAGAUAAUUGCCAGCUUCUUCCAAGUGCAUCUGAUCACGAAAAGUUGAGAAGGGAUUUUACCUAUCUGGUUUCGCGUGUACUUGUUGAGCAUCUUCCCUGUUUGGAGUUUCUACAAUCUGUUUGUGUAAAGCAUAUACCGCAUCAAUUCAGCAAAGAAAUGGCAAAGAAAACUGAGAAGGUAAUUAUCCAUAAGCCUUGAGUAAUCAAUAAAAAAAGAUGGAAUAAUUGCAAGAAUUUUUAAAAUGUAAUCUUAUUCUUAUUUUUAUUUCCACAAGGUUCUUUUGGGUGUUAUUUUUAAAAGUGAAAAUAAAUCAGAGGAAAUGCUUGACAUCCUAAAACAAAUAAGAAGUUACUCCCCAAACUUGGAAAAUGCUGACCAAACUUUGCGUAGAAGCAUUCCCAUUGUUGGGGACCAGCUCACUGUUGAACGUGGUGUGAAUGUCAUUCAGGCUGUCCAGAAUUCUUACACUCCAGAAGAAAAAUUAGAGGGCAUCCACAUGGAAAUUGCUGACUGGCAUACUGCUGUUACUUUCUUGAACGUAAGGAAAUGCAGUAUUUCUUAAUGCUUAACUUGUACAUGUCUUUGAAAAUGCUGUCCGCACCUCAUUAAGUUUUCACUUCCAGGGGCAGAAAGUUCAAACCAUCUUCAGAAGAUUUCAUACCAUUAUGGUCAAUAAUACAAAAAAAAAAAUCUGUACUCAACGUUUUUAUCGCCUAAUCUUUUUCAGAAGUAGAUGGAAACAUGAAAUGUGAGGAUGCAGUAAAGUUUUACACGUAGAUACAACCAAGUCCUGGAGUUUGUCUAUCUACUGUCAAAUCUCAUAAAAAUUAGCCUGAUUCUUAGACAUCCAACGUCAAUUGCAGCCCCUUUCUUUCUCUCCCUCUACGCAGUGAUCAACCUCAGGUGUCUGAGAAUCAGUCUACAAAAAAAGAGCCUACAAUCUUGCCAAUAUUACAGUCUACUAACAAUAAUACUAAUACCAACAAUAACAUUAUCAAUAGGAAUACUUAUUAUAGCAAUGAUAAUAAUAAUAUUGAUACUAACACUGCAACUACUACUACUACCAAUAAUAAUAAUACACUCAUACAUGCAUACAACAUGAGAGGUAAUGACAAUGAAAGGACAACUUGAUCAAAUUAAAAUUAAUGGAUUAUCAGAGUUAUGUACAUUGUAUGUGUUGUAGUUAAUUUUUUAUCUCAGGUAGAUUUGAUUUUUCUUUUGUUUCAAUUCCAUUAGCAUACAUUACCAUACCCAAAAACAAAAGAAAAAGAAAAAUUACCUGAGAUAAAAAAUUAACUACAACAUAUGCAAUGCAACCAAAAUUUAAUUUUCUUUGUUCUAGGUAUUUUUUAAGAGGCACUAUUCAACCAUUUCUGACACAGACAAAGGGACUCUUUUUGCUGAUCGCAAUUUGAUUAACCGACGGAAUGUGACAGCUGAUGUGCACAGCAACUGGGUGCACUGCAAAGCAUUUGCCAUCCUUGAAAUAAAAGCACGUAUCAUUGCGGCAGCAAUGUUGGUGCUCGGCAUGAAAAAGAUCAGUGAUCAGCCGACACACAAUCUAUCACCUGUUGCUGCAAGAAGUGGUAAUGACCAGGAGAAAAAACAUUACUUAAUGAAACUGUCUGGCCAAAUUGUAGAUCAAUUUGUUAUAGAUCAGCACUCCCUAAAUAGCUUCUUAGAUGGAAUACUUUCUGAACAGGAAAAGAAUGAUGCUGUUAAUAAUCAAGAGCUGACUACUGAUGGAAGAUUCCCCUGCCGAAGCCCAGGAUGUAAUAACUCAUUUAAAUAUGAUGGCAAAAGGAGGAGAGACCAUGAACUUACCCAUGAUCCUCCCCCUGUAAUCCCUGAAAAGCCUGUGCUAUCCUCUAAUUAUCCCAAGAAAGGUUCAUUGAGUGAUUUAGAUGAUGAUGAUGAUGUUUUUAAUUAUAACUGCUCACUGUUAGCUCAAGGACUCUUGUUUUUGAACUUUCUUGAUUCAACAUCAGAGGGAGAUGGUGACAGAUCAAUUAGAUGCUGGAAGUUCUUUCUGCUGCAUUUCAAAGAAGACAAAUCUACUACAAAGUAUGCACUAGAAGCUCUUUACCUGCUUUUGCAGGUAUAUUCUCUCCUUCCCCCAGCUGAGGCCCACAGCUUGGUAUGGAAUCGUACAGUUAACAACAAAGGGGGGCCAGGGAAAAAUGUUGCUAUUGAUCUUGACUUGGAACAUGACAAUAAUGAUCUAAAACAACCUAUCAAAAAUCUUGGGCCAAAUGUUACAGAGGAUGCAGUAAGGAGAAUUUCAAAUGGACAGCAAAAGUCCAAACAAAUGCUUUCUUGCAUGGACAGAGAAAUUCUUGUCAAGCAAAGGUCAGGCAAGCAUGUUUCAGCUGACUACUCAAAAGAUCUAAGAGCUGUUGUGAAUUCACUUAUUGAAGAGUCUGUGUUUUGCCGCACUCCAGGAAGACAUUACAAGCACUUUUCAAACUUUGUCAGAGACCCAUUGUCAAGGCUGGACAUGUCCAAUUUAUAUCAGUGGAUUAAUAAGCACAAGAAAAACAUUGACCUUGCAAGAAAAGCAAGAUAG